AUGAGCUUCUUCGGUCUCGGCCGCACUGCGGCGAAGACGUUCCGGCCCAAGAAGAAUGCGCCGCUGGGUAGUAAGGGUCUGCAACUGAAGCGACAAAUCGACGCCACGCUGGGUAGCGGCAACCUGAAGGAAGCGGUGCGCCUGCCACCAGGAGAGGACCUGAACGAGUGGCUCGCGGUGAACACGGUCGGCUUUUACAACGCGAUCAGUGUCCUGUACGGAACGCUCGAGGAGUUCUGCACCGCGGAGGGCUGCCCGACCAUGAACGCCGGCGCCAAGUUCGAGUACCUGUGGGCGGACGGCGUGAAAGUGAAGAAGCCGAUCAAGCUGAGCGCCCCGGAGUACAUGGACAAGCUGUUCGAGUGGAUUGAGGAGCAGCUGGACGACUCGAGCAUCUUCCCGCAGCAGUUCGGACAGCCCUUCCCAGCGGGGUUCCAGGACGUCGUGCGGCAGAUCCUGAAGCGGCUGUUCCGCGUGUACGGCCACAUGUACCACUGCCACUUCCGGAACGUCUGCGCCCUGGGCGCGGAGGCGCACCUCAACACUUGUUUCAAGCACUUUAUGUUUUUUACCAUCCACUUCUCGCUGAUCGACGCGAAGGAGCUCGCGCCGCUCCAGGAGCUCAUCGACCAGCUCGUGCGGUAG